AUGGCCCCUUCAAAACAGCCUGCCAAAAGGGUAGCCCCUUCGAAGGCAGAGAAGUCAGCAGAUUUGGUCAUGGGAACAAACAACAGCAGUAUAGUUUCAAAAAGAAGCGUCGAAAUGUUGUACUACCGCGAACCCCAUUUUUUUCGGUCCUUCGUCAAAAGGCCCCAGAGACGCGCGCCUUUGAUAAACCGUGGAUAUUGGCUUCGGAUGCAUGCCAUGGAGGAAUCCGUACGGCGCUUCAUGAGGGAACCAUCAGAUAAGCCCAAGUUUGUCCUUAACUUAGGAUGUGGAUUUGACCCCCUCCCAUUUAUCCUCCUCAGUACGGACCGCUCUUUAUGUAGCCAAACAACAUUCGUCGAUAUUGACUAUGAGAAACUCAUGCUCAAUAAAAAGGAAGCGAUCCAGAAAGCAGACGCUAUCAAGGACCAGCUAAAGAAUGUAGAGUUCAACUCAGAUGAGAGCGCCGUGCAAAUCCGCAGCAGGCAAUACGUUGCUGUCGGGUGCGAUUUAAAGAACCUGGAUAAGCUGGACCACGUCCUCAAGACAGAGAUCCUGCCGGCUGACUGCGCCGUCCUUUUUCUCGCUGAGGUGUCUCUUACCUAUAUGGACGUCAAAUCCGCGAACGCAGUUGUCAACUGGGCUUCAAAACUGAGUAAUGAUGCCCAAUUCUGCAUUUUGGAGCAGUUCUUCCCAGACGGCCCUGAUCACCCGUUCGCGUCGACCAUGAUGAAACAUUUCGGUAAACUCGGGGCACCUCUGUACUCCAUCCACGAAUAUCCCUCCUUGGCCGACCAGGAGCGGCGCUUCACGGAAGCCGGGUGGAUGCAUGCGCAUGCACGCAGCCUUUGGGACUUGUGGUCAGACGACGAGUUUGUGAGCAGCUCGCUCAGGGCCUCAUUGGAUUCCGUUGAGGUAUUCGAUGAAUGGGAGGAAUUUGCACUUUUUGCGUCGCACUAUUUCCUUUUGCACGCUUCCACGAGACGGGGACCCGAAUCUAGCGCUGUAUCUCGCAACGACUGGGUGGGCAACAAGUCAGACGAAUUCAAGAUCAUCCCGAACUGCAGUUUGACCACUAGUCAACGAAGGUUUGGCGCCUUGGUUUUCGGAGACGAGGGCGUCCUUGGUCAUCAUUCUGGUUUGGGAUCGCAAACGCGACUCACGGACACUGAUUUAUACUCGACGUCCAAAGAGAGCACUGGAACCCCAAUCCCAUUUCCCCCUGCUCGCGAUGUAACGGCGCGCAUGUGCCAUACCAUAACCAGCUUCAGUGACAGCGGUGAUUGCUUGCUUGUUGGGGGUCGAACCUCACCAGCUGCAGCUCUCCAGGAUACUUGGGUGCGCAAGAAUGGCGCGUGGCAUGCAGAACCCAACCUUCCAGUCGGUCGGUUCCGACACUGUGCAACAAGAAUUACAGUCGACGGCGGUUGUGUCCUCAUAUACGGUGGGAAGACCAGCGAUGGCGCAACUUUAGAUACCUGGCUCCUCUGGAGUGAUAAUGGGAAAGGAUGGCAAACAGUCGAAAUCAAUAGCCCCAUGACUGUGCCCAAACCCCGCUUCGGUGCAUGCCUGGGCAAUAUAAAUGGUACAUCAGGAGUACUUUUUGGUGGCAUUGGAGCGGAUGGCACCAUACUAGAGGAUUUCUGGACCUGGAAAUUACACAAGCGGCCCGACGGAUCUAUUUUCUUGGAGCUAGUUGAUCAAACUGAAAGCAUGCGAAAGUUUUCUCCAGAGUACGAGGUUCUCCCACGAUUUGGCGCUACAGUGACCCCUGCCUCGUGGGGUUUGGUGGUGGCCGGUGGCAUUAUUCCCCGGCACAUUGUCCCAUCCCACUGCGAGAUUUUGCUCCUUGACUCGACGGAACUGCUCAAGUGCAUCGAAAGUGGCUCUUCCAUAGGCACACCCGUUAUAUCCACGAUGGGGCUAAGCUCUGCUUUUGGCGGACCACGACCCCUACUAGUGGGACACGCAUCAUGCGAGGUCAGCCCUACCCAGGUCCUUUUCCUAGGUGGCGGCGCUGUAUGCUUCUCUUUUGGAACAUUUUGGACAGAAGGUACCUGGAGCCUAACUGCAGCUGACUCCUCACUUGAAAACGACUGGUCCGUGGUCCGUGCCGAAAACACGCAGCCGGCGCAAACAACUACCAGUAAACCGGCGAAGAAACGCAGGCUCAAGCCUAAGAGCUAUAAAUCCACCACCAAAGUGGCUCCUAUUCCUAGAGUCAAAGUGGAAACAGCCGAUGAGUUCCAGCAGAUACUCGACAAGGCCCAACCCGUGAUCAUUGAGGGCUCAGAAAUUGGGCCAUGCACUGAACUAUGGACUAAGGACUAUCUCGUCAACGCUGUUGGCAAUGACCGUAAGGUGGUAGUCCACGAAGCCGAAACGGAAAAUAUGAGUUUUCAGACGAAGAACUUCGCAUACACUACCAAAGAAUUUGGAACCUUCAUGGAUGAGGUGCACGCCGGUGGCCGACAAUAUCUCCGAAGUAUUUCCGUUAAACAACCCGCCAAGCUCCCGGCAAAUCUGGCUGAGGACUUCCCCAAUCUUAAAGAAGACUUUCGGUUGCCGGAGGUGCUCUCGAUUGUCGUUGAGAAUGCGCACAGUUCGCCCCUCAGGAUAUCGGGUCCUGUUACUCUAUGGCUCCAUUACGAUGUAAUGGCAAACGUCCUUUGCCAAAUUCAAGGAGAGAAGCGACUUAUCCUUUUCCCACCAACCGAUGUGCAACACCUUGAUGUUCCAGCUGGAGCAUCGAGUUCUAAUAUAAAUAUAUUCCAGAACCGUGCAGAUGGGUCUAUAGCUUCAAUUCCGCACACUUCACCCCAUGAAGCGCAUCUUAAGCGUGGUGACAUUCUCUUCAUCCCGCCACUUUGGCUGCAUACUGCUGAGCCCACAGGAGAUGUGAGCAUAGCAGUGAAUGUUUUCUUCCGCAAUCUGUCACAAGGUUACGCGAGCGGUCGAGAUGUCUACGGGAACCGUGAUGUACAGGCCUAUGAGAAGGGGAGAAAAGAUCUUGAGAAAAUAGUGAAGUCCUUUGGUGAUAUGCCGCCAGAUAUGGCGCGGUUUUACCUCCUGAGGCUUGCGGAUGAAAUGCAGGAAAUGGCUGAACAAUAA